CAACAGCAGAACUAUGAAUGCCGCUGCAUGCCAGGAUUCACGGGAAAGAACUGUGAGGAAGUAAUUGACUACUGCAGGCUGCUCAGCGUCAACUGUCUGAAUGAAGGAUUGUGUCUUAAUAUAAUUGGAGGAUUCACUUGUCUCUGUGCACCUGGCUGGACUGGAGAAUUUUGCCAAGUUGCUGAAAAUGCAUGUUUAAUUUACCCAAACAAUUGUUCUAAUGGAUCUACUUGCAUCGAUAUGAGCCAACUGGGAGAGCAACCUUUGUUUCAAUGCUUGUGUCCUCGUGGUUUCACAGGAGAAUUCUGCAAGGUGCAAAUUGAUAACUGCAAUUCCAAUUCAUGUGAAAAUGGAGGAACAUGUGUUAACUAUGAGGACCAAUUUAAGUGCAUUUGCCCCAUGGGUUUUGAAGGUGAAAGAUGUGAACUGGAUAUUGACGUCUGCCUACUCUACAAUAUAAGCUGUGCCCCAGGAGCAGUGUGCAUGAAUAAAUCUCAUGGAUUUAAUUACACAUGUUUAUCACCAUGUAUUGGAAACACAGAGGUGUGUGCAAAUGGAGGUAGCUGUUACUAUGAUGAAGACAACCAAAGAUCUCACUGUGUUUGUGCUCUUGGGUGGACAGGACAAACAUGCCUGGAGAAUAUUAAUGACUGUGAGAUAAACCAGUGCCAACAUGGAGCCACAUGUGAAGAUGAAGUGAAUAAAUACAGGUGCAUAUGUCCCCUUGGUUACACUGGCACUUUCUGUGAAAUUGAUAUAGACAACUGCAUUGGAAACCAGUGCUCUGAGUAUGGCUUCUGCCAGGACCACUUGCAUAAUUACAGCUGUAUCUGCAUGGUUGGAUAUGGAGGACCCUUCUGUGAAGUUGAAAUUAAUGAAUGUUCAAGUUCACCUUGCAAAAAUGGGGCUAUCUGUAUGAAUCUAAUUGGCAACUUUUCCUGCCAUUGUGCUGAAGGAUUCAAAGGAAAAACAUGUACUGCUCAUGUGAACGAGUGUCCAGACAGACCCUGUUGGAAUGGAGGAACCUGUGAAGAGGACAUAAAUGGCUUCAAAUGCAAUUGCCCUCUAGGUUUUUCAGGACAGUACUGUGAAAUAGAAAUGAAUGAAUGUGAUUCAAGUCCCUGCUUGAAUAGUGCUGUCUGUCACCGUGAUGUCAAUGGAUACAACUGUAUUUGCCCUGAAGGAUUUGAAGGUCUUAACUGUGAAAUCAACUUUGAUGAGUGCACUUAUGGCUUCUGCAAAAAUAAUUCAACUUGUUUGGACCUGAUUGCAGACUACAGUUGUGUUUGUCCUCCAGGAUUCACUGACAAAAACUGCUCUACAGAUAUUGAUGAAUGCGCCUUCAAGCCCUGCCAAAAUGGAGGCCAUUGCCACAAUUUGAUUGGUGAAUUUUACUGCAGCUGUUUGCCAGGUUUUACUGGUCAGUUUUGUGAAGUGGAUGUUGCUGCUUGCCUCUCACAACCAUGUGGGGCCUCCAGCAUCUGCAAAGACAUGUCUGACGGCUAUGUUUGUUUCUGUGCACCUGGUUUUAUAGGUAAUAACUGUGAGAUUGAGGUGGAUGAGUGUCUUAGUGACCCUUGUCACAGUGGAGCCACUUGCAUUGAUCAUCUGAACAGCUUCAGUUGCAUCUGUCAGGAUGGAUUUAAAGGCACAACUUGUGAAACAAAUAUAAAUGAAUGUCACUCUUCUCCAUGUCUUCAUAAUGCCACGUGUUCAGACCUUGUUGGUGGCUAUGAAUGUAUCUGUCUAUCUGGCUUUACUGGUGCAAGAUGUGAAACAGAUAUAGAUGAGUGUGCUUCGUUUCCCUGUAAGAAUGGAGCCACCUGUGUUGACCAACCGGGUAAUUACUUCUGCCAAUGUAUGGCUCCAUUUAAAGGUUUGAACUGUGAGUUUAGGCCUUGUGAGGCCAGUAAUCCCUGUGAGAACGGAGCUGUGUGCACAGAAGAAAUGAAUUUGGAUGCUUUUCCCCUUGGAUUCCAGUGCCAGUGUGUGAAAGGUUUUGCAGGUCCACGCUGUGAGAUCAAUGUCAAUGAGUGCAGUUCUAACCCUUGCCUCCAUGGAUACUGUUAUGACAUUGUCAAUGGCUUCUAUUGCUUGUGCAACCCAGGAUAUGCAGGACUAACGUGCGAGCAGGACAUUGACGACUGCAUAAACAACGCUUGUGAGCACAAUUCUACUUGUGUUGACCUGCAUUUGAGAUACCAAUGUGUUUGUCUGCCUGGAUGGGAAGGGAAAUUUUGUGAAAAUGAGUCAAAUGAAUGUGACUCAGAGCCUUGUAGAAAUAAUGGCACCUGCACAGAUCUUUUCAACAGCUAUCGAUGCUUGUGUACAGCAGGAUGGACAGGUCCAGACUGCAGUGAAGACAUAAAUGAAUGUGAUUCUGAACCAUGCUUGAAUGGAGCUACCUGUUAUGAAUCUGUUAAGCAGGGACAGUUUGUAUGCAUCUGUCCUCCAUUUUAUACUGGUGACUUUUGCCAUCAGCGCUUCAGUCCUUGUGAACUGCCUUACAAUCCAUGCAUAAACAACUCAACUUGCCUGGCACAAGCUGAUGGAAAUCCCAUGUGCAUUUGCAAAACAGGAUAUGAAGGUACUUACUGUGAAGUUAACAGUGAUGAGUGCAUCUCCCAUCCAUGCCAGAAUGAAGGCCUCUGUGUGGAUGGCAUUAACAGUUACAGGUGCUCCUGUCAGCAUGGCUUCACUGGGACACUGUGUGAAGUGGAGAUUAAUGAAUGCUUAUCAAGACCGUGCAAAAACAGUGGGACUUGUCUGGACCUCAUAAACAGAUUCCUCUGUAAUUGUACACCUGGAUACUAUGGGUCUCUAUGUGAGAUAGACGUAAAUGAGUGUGAAACUCUGCCUUGCUUGAAUGGAGGAAGCUGCAUCAACAGGCUUGGAGGCUAUCAGUGUUUCUGUUCUCCUGGAUUCACAGGUAAUAGAUGUGAAACAAAUACAGAUGAAUGUUUAUCUACUCCUUGCCUAAACAAUGGAAGUUGCAUUGAUGACAUCAAUUCCUACAAGUGUCACUGCAGGAGAGGUUUCAUUGGAACAAACUGUGAGACAAAUGUUAAUGAAUGCUGGCCAGAUCCUUGUCUUCAUGGAAGAUGUAUAGAUCUCAUUGAUGGAUAUCAGUGCUCUUGUGAAGCAGGAUGGACCAGCUCAAGAUGUGAGAUAAAUAUUAAUGAAUGUGAAUCCGUUCCCUGCAUUAAUGGAGGUUCUUGUCAAGAUUUGGUUAACGAAUUUGCUUGCAUCUGCCUGACUGGAUACACUGGCAAGUUCUGUGAACUUGAUAUUGAUGUUUGCAGUGAGCCUGCACUCAGCUCAGUACUCUGUCAAAAUGGCGGUGUAUGUGUUGAUGGGCCUGGAAGAACUUUUCAUUGCAGGUGUCUUGCUGGAUUUUCUGGACAGUUUUGUGAAAUAGAAGUUAAUGAGUGUAAUUCAUCACCCUGUCUACAUGGUUCAACCUGUGAAGAUCAUGUCAGUGGGUACACCUGUCAGUGUCAGAAAGGAUGGGAAGGCUUGCAUUGCGAGUUAGAUGUUGAUGAGUGCGCAUCCAACCCCUGUAUACAUGGCAUCUGUGUUCAGAGUGACCCCAGUUUUGGUUAUUCCUGUUUUUGCAAGCCAGGAUUUGUGGGACGAAGCUGUGAGCUUAAUUACAAUGAUUGCCUUAUACAAUCCUGCUCCAGUGGGUUUCUUUGUGUUGAUGGAAUAAACAAUAUCACCUGUUUACCUACUAUCCUCCAAAGUAAGAAAAUAGAAAUGGCUGAAUUUCCUACUGAAAUUUUAGAUAAUGACCUUCCAGCAGCAUUAGCAGUAUCUAUGGAACUUUGGUCUAAACAUGGUAUUCCUGAUUUUCAUACAGAAGAGGUGGCCCAAGAUUUUAGUUAUGCUCACUAUUAUGGCGAUUCUUACCUGGAAUUUCAAGGCUUGCAUUUAAACGUGCAAAACUUCAUCCACUUGGAAUUUAAGACCUAUAAACCUGAUGGACUACUCCUAUAUGUUGAAGAGAGCUCGGAAUCAAUAGGACAGUUUUUAAUUCAGCUUUUUAUCAGACGUGGCAUCUUACAGUACCAGUUUGUGUGUGGUAAAGCAACACAAGUCAAAAACAUCACAACAACUGCUAGAGUGGAUGAUGGACAGUGGUAUAAAGUGCAGAUUAGGCAAAGCAUGGUGCCAUGUGAAGCAGAAAUGUUGAUCCUGGAGAUAUCUGCAAAGACAAGAAUGCCUAGCAAUUUCUCGUCCAAUUCAUACGGGCUUGAAACAGGAUCCAUAUUUGUUGGUGGCUUGCCUUAUUCUUCUGCAAUAAAGCAGAUACCUGGACCUGUCUAUAAUUUCACUGGCUGUAUACGAGUAAUAGAAAUCAAUAAUGUGGGACCUUUCAACUUCUCUAAUGCUGUGGGAAGAAAGAAUAUUGACAGUUGCAGAACUCCAGUACCUACACAUCUGCCAACACCAUUCCCUACAAUUUCUUCUGAUGUGCUCACCCUGCCUGAGCCGGUCACUCCCUCUCUGAGUUCCCCUGAGUUGCCAUCUGUAUGCCAGGAGGGAUUGUGCCACAAUGGAGGCACUUGUCAUCCAAUCUCCCUGCCUACUGGGGCCACCUCAUUUGAGUGUGACUGCCAAUUACACUUCACUGGACGGUUCUGCGAAAAAGACGUAACCCUGUUUUUUCCAUCCUUCAAUGGGAAUUCUUAUUUGGAACUUCCUUCUCUAACAUCUGUAUCUCAGAUGAGGACUGCAUCUGGGCAGGAAACAAGCAAUCUGACAACUCUGUACUUGACAGUGAAAACAACUGCUCCAAGUGGCACUAUUCUUUACAGUAGUGAAAAGAAUUUUGGGGAUCAGUUUCUUCACUUGUAUCUUGUGGAAGGAAGACCAACAGUUCGAUUCAGUUGCGGAAACUCUCAGAACAUUCUGACUGUAUCUGUCAAUCAAUCCAUUAGCAAAGGGAUAUUCAUGCCUAUCACAAUAAGCUAUAUGUUGCCUGUUAGCAGUCCUGAAGGUUACUGCAUGAUUGAAAUGGCUGCAGACAGAAACCCUCCUGUACGACACAGACUCCAUCUCUCAUAUCAGGCAUCUCAGAUCACCUUUGGACCAACCUUUCUUGGGAAUGUUCCUGUUCACAAAGAGGUUCCUGAAUGUGCUGGGCACAUACAUGGCUAUAAAGGAUGCAUUAGGGAUUUUCAAGUAAACAACAAAGAAUUUUUCAUCAUAGAUGAUGCUCUUGGAGGGAAGAAUGUUGAGAACUGUAAUGUUCCAAUAUGUGAUUACCAUCCAUGUCGCAAUGGUGGAACCUGCAUUAGUGAUGCAGAAAAUUGGUUUUGUGAAUGCCCUAAACUCUACUCAGGAAGACUGUGCCAGUUCAUGACUUGUGAUGAAAGUCCUUGUGGAAAUGGUGCUACAUGUUUUCCGAAGUCCAGGCAAGACGUUGUUUGUCUUUGUCCACAUGGAAGAUCUGGCAUCCUCUGCAAUGAUGUUAUUAAUAUUACCCAGCCUAGUUUCAGUGGCACAGAUGUCUUUGGAUAUACUUCAUUCCUAGCUUACGCUACAAUCCCAAAUAUCACCUUCUACUAUGAAUUCCACUUAAAAUUUCAGUUGUUAAACCACCACUCAGCUUUACAAGACAACUUGAUAUUUUUCACUGGACAGAAGGGCCAAGGUCUGAAUGGAGAUGAUUUUUUGGUAUUAGGCCUCUGCGAUGGCAGAGUAGUAUAUAGCUACAAUCUAGGUUCUGGCACAGCAACAAUCAUUAGCAAACCACUUGACCUGACUCUCAAUAUUCAUGUCAUCCACCUUGGCAGAUAUCUCCAGAAAGGCUGGCUGAAGGUGGAUGAUCAGAAGAAUAAAACUAUCACUUCUCCUGGAAGGCUGGUUGGACUCAAUGUCUUCAGUCAGUUUUAUUUAGGGGGCUAUCAUGAGUAUAAUCCAGAACUCCUACCCAAGGGAUCCAGAUUUAAGAACGGCUUUCAAGGUUGCAUUUUUGAUGUGCAAGUUCGCACCAACAUGAAUCAGGAGUUCAAAUCACCAGGGAAUCCAGAAGGUCACCCCAAUUCUGGUCGCAGUGUGGGGCAAUGUAAAGCUUCUCCAUGCAGUUUAAUAAAAUGCAGAAAUGGUGGGAAGUGCAUGGAAAGUGGCUCUACUGUUUAUUGUGACUGUCUGGCUGGAUGGAAAGGUGCAUUUUGCACAGAAAUGGUGACAGUAUGUGAUCCAGAGCAUGAUCCUCCACAUCUGUGCAAGCAAGGCGGUACCUGUGUGCCAUUGCCUAAUGGCUACACAUGCCACUGUCCUCUAGGAACAAGUGGCACCUAUUGUGAACAAGAUAUUUCCAUCAGUGAUCCAUCUUUCCGAAGUAACGAAUCAUCAUGGAUGUCAUUUGCACCCUUUUAUAUCCGACAUAAGACCCAUAUCAAACUGCAGUUUCAGCCUCUUUCUCCAGAUGGUAUCCUGUUUUACACUGCACAGCGUUUGGGUACUCAGUCAGGUGACUUUCUAUGUAUAUCAUUAGCAAAUGGAUUUAUACAGCUACGCUACAAUCUUGGAGACAAAACAAUUGUCUUACGGGCUAGUCAGAAGGUCCAUGCUGACAGGCAGACCUGGCAUGUACUCAGAGUAGGAAGAGUUGGUAAUGAAGGCUACCUGGAUCUGGAUGGCAUCAAUGUUACCCAUACAGCCAGUGCUGGGAUGAAUGUGCUGGACACGCACACAGAUUUUUAUGUUGGAGGGGUAUCCUCUCUAAAUCUUGUGAAUUCAAUGGCAACAGAAAACGAACCCACAGGUUUCAGUGGCUGCAUACGAGAGGUUGUUAUAAAUGACAAAGAACUGAAGCUGACUGCGACGGAUCCCAAAGGUGGAGCCAAUAUUGGCGACUGUGACGGAACCGCCUGUGGAUAUUCAGUGUGCAAAAACAAUGGAACAUGCCAAGUUGAAAGCUCAGGCUUUUCUUGUUCCUGCCCACAAGGAUGGAUAGGGAACACGUGUGAAGAGUCUGUUCACUGCUUGCAGAACAGAUGUAGGCCGCAAGCUCUCUGUAUUCCCCAGCCCACUUUGCUUUCAUAUACCUGUGUAUGUGCACUAGGCUGGUCAGGUAAGCACUGUGACAGCAAAAUCAGCUUUUUCACAGCAAAGUUUGUUGGUAAUUCCUACAUCAAAUACAUAGAUCCCCUUUAUGGAAAAAGAGACCUCCAGUAUAGCCGUAUUUCUUUAAACUUUACUACCAAUCAAAUUGAGGGCUUAAUGGUGUGGCUGGGAAAAGCUGAAGAUGAAGACAAUGAUUUCCUUGCCAUUGGCCUCGCCAACGGAACAUUAAAAGUUGUGAUUAAUCUUGGAGAAAGAAUCUCUGUUCCAAUGAUUCACAGCAAAGAUUCCACCUGUUCUGAUGAAAGAUGGCAUUUUGUUACUGUAAUUCAAAAUCAAACAUGUGUGAAGGUAUAUCUUGAUGAGGAGCUAAUUAUUUUUGAAGACAUUGAUCCACACAGAAAAUACACUGCUUUAAACUAUGGUGGAAUUUGUUAUUUCGGUGGAUUUGAAAUUGGCAGAGAAGUCCAUACAGUCACUGUAGGGCUGUUUCAGAAGGAGUUCAUUGGUAAAAUGAAAGAUAUUGCACUCUUCCAAGAUUCUAGAAAAAUUCAGCUCAUGAAAGGAGAAGGUUAUAAUGUUUAUAAUGGAGAUCAUAGAAAUUAAUUGAAGAACUAAUUAAGGUUCCUUGAAAGUGUUGCAUUUCAUUUUUGUACUGCCUCUUGUAUUAAACUGACAAUCUAGAAUUUGUGUACAAAAAUAAGUGAAAUAGUUCCUAAUCCUUUUUCUGUUUUAAUGAUGGGUAUUAAUAACAUAUGUAAAAUGUGGCCAGAAUUUUUAAUUUACUCCUUUUUAUAUGUACUCUUUAGUAUUUAUUUUAAAAUAAUGAAGUCUAAUUUUUUUUUUUUUUUUUUUUAGUCAGCUGGAGAUAAUUUUGUAUUUUGUAGACGGAUGGUUGUCAAUCUAAUAUUGUUUGUGGACAAGGACAACUUAGUUUUGGAUAAAAAGCUACAUUUUAUUAGUAUGCACAGCCUCUUUUCUAAUGUUGCAGUUUUAUGAUUAAGAGUAACAUCUGACAUUUGUAGGUGGAAAAAACAUGUAUCUGGGGUUAAACAUGCAUGUUUAUAAAAAUAACAUUUGUAUUUACUUACUAAAUCCACAAAGACUCUAUUUCAGCUAAUGAAGUUGCUCUCCCUAACUUCUGAGUUGCUAUCCAUUACAUAAACAUUUAUGUAAAAAAUCAAAAUUUGAUACUGCUUUCAUGCUAAAAUAUUAUGUUUAAAAUCAUUCUCUUUUAGAGGCAAAAAGAAAAGGUAUUUUAAUUAUUGAGCACAAAAACAAGCUCAUGUACACUGAGGCAUAAAAACAGCCCACUGUUUCUCUCCACCAGGGGUCUCCCAAGUUUGAGCACAGAAUAAUGUGUCUCAGCCAGUAUUUGGGACAGUUGGCCGUCUGCCUACAACUAACUUCUCUUACUAACAGUUUUUUUGUCAAGCAACUGCUCUGCUUUAGCUAUAUAAUUCUUUUAUCCCUCUAAAUGAGAUUUUAAAAUUUUACUAGACAAAUUCUUAGUCACUGUGAAUUGAAUUUCCAUGACUACAUUUCAUGCAUUUUUAAUCUCAAAAGUAAAUAGAGUUCUUCAAUAAAUAAAAUACAAAAGUUUUAUUCCUUGUGAAAAAGCUGUUAAACUCUACACUUCAGUCACCAAUAAAAACCAAUGAAGUUAUAUCUUAAUCUGCUUAAACAUAAGAUUGGUGUUGGCAUUUAUUUCUCAUUUGACUGCUGAAUUGCUGUAUAAAUAAAAUAUGCAGAAAUAAUAGCACUGAAUUGCUAUUUUUUUUUUUAACUUUACUAUGUGAACACGUGCUCAAAAGCACAUGAUCUACCAUCACUUUCUUAUGCUGAAAGGAUGUCCACAGUGGGUACUGAUCAGGAACAAGCAACUAUUUCUGAUUUGUUUCCUCCCUUCUGUAAAGCAGGUCAGAGACAACAGGCACAGCAAAACCAGGUGACACAUGUCACUUUCCACAUAACCAGAUGGCAAGGAACUUGUUGCCAACACUUAAGGAUGACUCAGAGUUGAGCUGAGGGGCAAGGACAUGGAGCUGUCACAAGCUGUUUUAACAGGGAUUUGCAAACAUCUAGUCGAGGUUCUUCCUAUCCUUUUAAGCUGCUCUGAACUUUUAAGCAAUCAGCCUGAUACAGCAGAGCUUUCUUCCCCCCUAUCCAACAAGUUAACAACAGCUCUCAAAGCCUACUUGGCAUUAGAGCUGGCUCCAGAUUCUUGUCUUCAUUUCUCUUAGAAGGGCCUUUUAUGGCCAUGUGAUGCUGGGGAAGGGAGCGUCUUCAGAUUUAUUCCAUUCACUCUAGGGUUCCUGGUGUACUGCCAGUUCAGUGUACAGCAAGCAACCAGAGCACUCCUGACAAUUACCAACAUUAGAAGAGUGACUGAAGAUGUGGGGAAGGCAGCAACCCCUUACUCCUGCAGCAGUGGGGCUUCUUUCCCAUUACAUAGCUCAGAUUCUAGGACCAAAUUCUGUCAGAUGUUUCUGUCUGUUAAUUUAAAAUCUUAAUAAAACUCUUCCAGUAGAGAUGUUCUCCUUUGGCUCUCCAAGAGGCAGAUAGUAAAGCACUAGCUAAAUCUGGAAAACGUUUAUAUAUUCUUUCCAAACAAAUAUUUCUGGUAACUGACAGAAAAUAUUCCCACCUCAGCUAACAGGGGCAAUUUUCAGUGAUAACAGUUUAUUUUCAGAGCUCUUCUGGACAGGUCAAAAGGAAAAUCUUGACAGGCAGAGCUGCUGAUUUAAAACCGAUUUCAAAACCAAACACAGGUUUCAUUAUUUUUUUAUAUAUUAAAAACCCUGAUGUAAAUAUUUGCACAACCCACACACAUAUUAAUGCCAAAUAUAUAAACCAUGGAAUUAAUUAAUUUGGAAAAACUAGUAUCAUUUUAUUACACAACGAAACUUGACAGGUUAACUACUGCUUUGUUUACAAGAGGAUUUCUUGCCUAAGAAUCUCAACUAUGAGGCUGAGAAACAUUACUGAAUAAAAGUCUGCCACCUCUUCAUUUGGUGCAAGGUUUUUAUUUUAGUCAAUUUGACUGUGAAGCUACUUAUUUGUAGGAUAUUGAAAGGAAAUUUUACUUUAAAAUACAUUAAAAUUAGCAAAUAUUAUUAGUGUGGUGUUAAACUUGAAAGAUCUUCUCAGAAAGAAGAGGCUGUUCUACAGCAAAGUGCAAAAUGCCAUGUCCAUACAGAAGGUAAUGUACUCAAAGUUAAAAAAAAAACAAAA